UUCAGUCACAAAAUUAAUAUAAUAAAUGAUGCAGUUGCAUAACAUUCUUUUACCGUUUGUGGCUUAUUAAAUGACAAGAGUUUAUUCGUUUCUUCGUCAUCUAUGAUACAUAUCUGUUGAUGGGUACAUAUCACUUAUGAGUUUAUAAUACCUCCAAGCUUAAACAGUCUGAUAUUAUCUUCUUGAAAUGUAUGCUAGUUUAAGGACAUGCGUGUUAUUUGAUUAUGGGGAAUGUUUUAUUGACUGAACAAUUAAAUUUCAAAGAUUUUUUUAUCACAAAUAUACAUAUAAUGACCUUUUAUCAUUGUCAGUGUUUCUUCAUAAAACCAAAUUAAUGCAAUAAAUUUCAAAAAAAUAAAUUAACCCUUCAAAUUUGGGGUUGAGAGAUUUAAAGUUGAGAAACUGGAUGUCACCUAUUCAAAUCUCACAAAAAGGCGACUCAUUAGACUUGUUUGAUAUAUCAUGGGCGUGAAUGUUCCAUCUGUACUCGUGCCUUUGGAAUAUAAAAAACUAAAAUAAAAUAGUUAGGUCGAUGUUGAAAAAGGUUCCUCCAAUUAGGUUACGAAUUAGUUAAUUACAAAUAUAGGCAUUGUUUGAAUAUCGUGAUAACUAAACGCUUUAUUUAUUAUUUGAUUCAUUAAACAACAACCUUGCUCCAACCGAGGAUGAAGAAAAAUAUGAUCUAAUUAUUUAUAUCUACUAAUUUUAACAUUAAUCUAUUUGGACAAGAAGAAUUCAAAUCACCAAGGGAUAAUUAUAAAAGCAGUUCUUAAACUUUGGUUCAAUGUACAAAGUCAUCCUUGAACUUUUAAUUUAUUUAUUGCAGUUCAUAAACUUUCAGUAAAUGUUCAAUCUAGAUCCUAUAUUAUUAUAUCCAUGGAUUUAAUCUAGUCUAGAGACUAAAUUGAACAUAUACCAAAAGUUCAGGACUAUAUUAAACAAAUUAAAAAUUCCGAGACGACAUUGCAGAUGGAGCCAAACUUCAAUGACAAUUUUUGUCAUUUUCCUAAUCAUAAAACUAUAUUCUGUUAGUAAAAUUUUAGGUCAUCCAAUUGAAUUUGGGUCCUUGUGCCAAGAUUAUCACUUAAAAAAAAAAAAUCCUCCAGUUGAAACUAGUUACUACACACAAAGAGAAAGAAUUUGGUUAGUUUGUCAUCUCAUUAUUGGAUUGAAAAGUCGGAUCAUGUUUUUCUCCAUCUCUUGAAGAAAACUUUCUCCAACCAUGUCUUUAAUUAGUGGUUAUAAACAUGAAAAAUGAGUGAUGCUCAUAACUCGUAACCUGCCAAGUAAAGUGCGGCAAAAAUAUAGCAGAAAAGAGUCUAACAAUCAGGGACAUGGUUAAUGAAUAAUAGUCCAAAAGAAUAUAGCAUCUAUGUAAUUAUUAGUCUUGCAUGAUUAUCUUUAUAAACCAAUCACAUUCUACUCCCUCAAUUUAUGGAAAGUAAUUAAGUUUCUCUUUUGCUCGGGCGAUAUCUCUUUUCCUCGUCUGUGGUCGAAAUUCAUCAACAAAAGGCAUCCUCGUCAAGGUUUCUCGAGAAGCGAUGCGAGAGACCAUUCCCAGAGCGGAGGAAACUUUUUCAAUGCAGGAAGUCGGAUGAAAAUAAAAUGCAGCCACUUCUUAAGGUCACGGAAAAAUCAAUCUCGGAUCAACCGGUCACUAGUUCCGUUGGAUCAUCCAUUAGUUUGGGUUCGGGCCUCUGUUCUCAUGCUGCUGAAGAUCAGAAAGAAAUCGAGCGGUUAUUUGGGAUUGAUUUGCUUCACACAAAGGCAGGCUAUGUCACGAAGGAAGGAUCUCUGCUGAGUGAUCUGACAGAAGAAGAAAAUGCGACAGUGUCAAGUGAAGCGGAAAAACUAGUACCCAUGCAGAAGCAUAGAGCAGAGAGUGAUUUUGUGCCAAUGCAAAGCACUCCAGAUACAGAGACUGAACUAUUUCCCUGUUCUCCUGCUGCUGAAGAUCAGAAAGAAUUCAAGCAGUUAUUUGGGAUUGAUUUGCUUCACACAAAGGCAGGCUAUGUCACGGACGAUGGAUCUCUGCUGAGUGAUCUGAAAGAAGAACAAAAUGCAACUGUGUCAAGUGAAGCGGAAAAACUAGUAGCCAUGCAAAAGCAAAGAGCAGAAAGUGAUUUUAUGCCAAUGCAAGGCACUCAAGAUACAGAGACUGAACUAUUUCCCUGGAUAAUGAAAAAGGACGCCGAUCCUCGUGCUACUUUGGGAAAAGUUCAUUCUUAUUCAUCACACUCAGAGUUGGAAGUUGGUUCACAUUACUCAGAAUUGGAAGUUGGUUCACAUUGCUCAGAAUCAGAAUCUGAAGACACUGAUGAGAAGAUGAAUAUUGGAGCAAGUCCAGAAUAUCAUAGGAGAGAAACAUCGGAAAGUGCAGUUUUGCAAAUGCAGAACACUGCAGAGCCAGAGGUUGAACCCUUUUCUUUGGAAGUAAACGAAGACACUGCUUCUGAUGAAGUUCAUUCAUAUUCCUCAGAACAAGAAUCUGAAGUUGAUUCAUAUUACUCGGGACCGGAAUAUGAAGUUGGGGAUAAAAAGGCGAGAAUAGAAGCUAGUCCAGAAUAUAAUGAUAUCAUACACAUACCAAAGAUGAAAAAGGAAAGUUCGUCACAUGUUACUUUGGAUGAUGCCGAUGCCUUAAUUGAUAUGUUAGGUGGCAGUGGAAAACAAGAAGGGAGACCAUCAGAAGGAUGGGGUGCAAUUAAAUAUGACUCUAUAGUUGACCAUCUCAUUAAGUCCAUAAAAAAAUCUAACAUUGAAAAGAUUGGAAUAUAUGGCAGAAAUGAGGUUGCAAAAGCUAUUGUCAUUGAAGCUUUAAAGGAAUCUGCAAUUUUGAGAAAUCUAUUUGAUAGAGUCAUCUGUGUUACUGUUCCUCUGAACUGCGACAUGGAAAAGGUGGAAAAGGAGAUUGCUGGACAAAUAUCUUCUGAUUUAACUGAAGCCAAUGCAGUUGAUAUGCCACAUUCGGUGGUGAAUGCAUUGGAAGGCCUCAAGUUUUUGCUCAUUCUUGUUGGCGUUAACCAACACAUGAAGCUAGAGACAUUGAGGAUUCUUGAAGCAACACCACCAGUUGGUAGCAAGAUAGUCUUUGUGACUGGAUCAGGAAAAUUGUGCAAUGAAAUCGAAGUGGAUAAGAAAAUAUGCUUGGAUGAUCUGUUGCUGUACGAAUUAUUUCGUCAGAAUGUGGGUGAAGUUGUUUAUUAUUCUAAUGAAGCCCUAGCUAGAGAAAUAGUUAGGAUGUGCAGGCCAUAUUCACAUGCUGUUAUUCUAGUGGCAAGGGCAUUGCAAAAUGUUGAUGACAUUUUAAUCUGGAAACAUGCGCUUGAAAGACUGAAUGUUCUACCUACAAGUCAUGAAGCAGGUAUAGAAGCUCUUAUGGUUAAUGUACUAAGAUUCUGCAUUGACCAACUAUAAGAUGAUAAAACUAGAAGAUGCUUGAAAAAUCUUGCUCUUUGUAACAAUUACCAUGAGAUUGCAUCUGAGUCUGCCAUAGGCCUAUGGGUCAGGGAUGGUAUCGUAGACGCCCAUGAUGAAGGCCAAAAUGUCCUUAAAAAUCUUGUCAAUGCUAGCCUGCUCGAAGUUGAUGAGAAUUGGCAAUUUGUGAAGUUUCAAGACCAGGAUCGGGAUAUAUUAGUGAACUUAAUAUUUCAGCCCGAGGAAAAUCGUGUGUUUUCGAUGCGGGGUGGCUUGGAUUUGAUAGAGCCACCAGAGGUUGAGGAAUGGGAGAGUGCAAAAGAGAUAUGUUUGAUGCAUACUGCAAUUUCUGAGCUACCGAAGGAACCAAGGUGCCCUUCACUUUCGUCGUUAUAUCUGCAAAGAAAUUACAAGCUGAGAAAGCUUUCUUCUUCAUUUUUCAAUCAGAUGCCUGCUCUAGAAGUAUUGAAUCUGUCUAGAACCCGCAUUCGGUGCUUGCCGGAGUCCAUAUCUCAACUUGUCAGCCUCAAAAGACUCUUCUUGAAUGAUUGUGUCCUUUUGAGAUCGAUAUCGCCAGCAAUUGCAGGGCUCAAGCGACUGGAGGUAUUUGAUCUUGAGGGGACGAAGAUUAAGAAUCUUCCUAGGGAAAUUGAAUGUUUAAUUAAUCUGACUUGUUUAGGGAUCUCAAUUUCUGGAAUUGAACCUUUUAGUGACUCUAAAACAGUGAUUCCUUAUGGGGUAAUAUCUUCUCUGUUACACUUGGAAGAACUGAAUCUCGAUGUGGAUGCCAAUGCUGAAUGGUGGGAUACAUGUGCUGAAGGUGUUUUAUCUGAAGUUUGCAACUUGAAAAGGUUAAGCACUUUCAAGUUCUCCUUUCCUACAUUAGAACUUUUGAGGCAGUUUAAUCAGCGAAGGAAAUCAAUGGAGCAUCCAUCUUUAGCUCAAUUCAGACUUUGUGUUGGUAAUCAUGCUAGCCGCAUCAUGAAUCGGCUACCUUCAGAUAUUGAAUUCGAGCUGGAACAGUGCAACCGAUUCUUGAGGUACACAAAUGGUGAUGGUGUCUUCAUGGAUAUUAAGGACAUCCUGCAACAAUCAGAUGCUUUUUCUUAGAAAGGCAUGCUAAUCUUAAGAAGCUGUCUGAACUAGGGAUAGAUAGCAUGGACCAACUCAAGUGGUGUGUUCUGGGGGAGUGUAAUGAGCUUGAAGUACUCGUGGAUGCAUCUAAUACCCUUCAUCAAGAGGCUUUAACUGAAUCUCACUGCAAAAGCAUCUGUCUUGAAUCGCUAGAGUUUCUAUAUGUGUAUUACAUGAGAAACUUGAGAAACAUUUGGAAAGGCUCAAUGCAGAAGGGAUGUUUAUCUUCUCUCAAGUUGUUGACAUUGUGUAAAUGCCCCAAGUUGACAGUUAUUUUCUCAAGCGAGAUGCUUGAUAAUCUCAACAACUUGGAAGAGGUCACAGUUGAGGACUGCCCAGCCAUCAAAAGCCUAAUUACCUACCAAACUUCUACUGGCAAAGUCUCUGAGACGUCUUAUUUCCUCCCUAUUUUGAAGAAGUUGUCUAUCCAUUACGUACCUAAACUUUCCAACAUAUCCUGUGGGCUACGGAUUGCACCGAGGUUAGAAAGAUUGAGUUUUUAUGACUGCCCGAGUCUCAAGUCUCUUUCAACUGAUGAAGUUUCCAGUGAGCAUUUGAAGAAAAUCAGGGGGGAGAGGAGUUGGUGGGAGGACUUGAAAUGGCACGGCCAUAAGCCAGAUCACUUGGACAGUAUUUUCGUCCCAAUUGACACAUGUGACAUCCCUUAACUUGCGCGUGUGCGCGGGUGCGAUUCCUACUAUUGGAACUGCCUGACAAGUCAGUGGGAACUUCAGUUAUUUAAUGACUAUUGUAUCGAAAAAAAUCGUUAAUUAAACUUUCACAACUCCUGCCUACCUAAUGGCAGGCUUUACUUGCCGGCUUUUCUGUGUUCUAUAAGUUUCUUCUUGGCCCUGUUUCUUUUCUGCCGUUCAAAGAGAUGACCGAGAGAUAAAGAAUGACUGGGCAAGGCUUGAAUGGCCAUCUUCAGGUCGGUUGAUGUAAUGAUAAAUAGUGGAAUAGGAGAUCUGCACUUGAA